AUCUUCGUGCCGUCGACACACAGUUCGGACACCCCGAGACUUCACUACCUGUGACGAGUGCAGUACCUGUGAGGGCAGCAACCGAGAACACUCACUCCGUGCUUGCAACCGAGUCAACUUCGUUUUUCAUUCAUAAUUUCUGUGCUCCAGGGCCAACGAAUUCUCAGCUACCGGUGCUUCGUCUAACCAGCCACGCAGUCUCGAAAUUCCAGCUGGUUCACGGACCGUGCCGGCUGGUGUUUCGGGAAACGGAAAAAGGCUACGCGGCUUCUCCGAACUUUCGUCAGCUCGAGUAUUAUGGUAGAGAGGUUCCCCGUGUCGGAAGAAGCCAUACUUCGCACCGACCCCAGGCCCGUGUGGACCGCGGUCUGGCAGGAGUCUCUGGCUGUCUCCAUACCUUCGCUUCUGCCUUCCUUCCGCAAAAAUUCCUAACAAACGUCUUCCCCGGCGGGCAUUUGUGACAGCCCACCCUCUCUGUGAACUUCGCAGCAUUCCGUCGACUCUUCUUACCGGUCGACCAGGAGUAGUUGGCAUAUUUUGCCGCCAUGAACGGAAAUAGUCAACAGCUACAGCUUGGCUUGGCCGCCAAGCUGACUUGUGCUGGCUCGGCUGCCUGCAUAGCGGACGCCAUCACUUUUCCUCUAGAUGUCGCCAAGGUUCGGUUGCAGAUCCAGGGCGAGGGCUCGACUGGCUACACCAGGUCGAAUCUCAAGUACCGCGGUGUGCUAGGCACCGUGGCGACCAUUGCUCGCCAAGAAGGACCCGCCCGGCUGUACGGUGGCAUCGGCCCGGGCCUCCAGAGGCAGUUCUGCUUCGCCACUGUGCGCAUCGGCUUCUAUGACAGCGUCAAAGAGUCAUACAGCAUGGCCAUUCUCGGCCACAACAAGGGCGGCAACUCUGCCUCCGUGCUGGGCGUCCGCAUCCUGGCUGCCGUCACCACGGGCGCGAUGGCCGUCGCUACGGCGCAGCCCACCGACGUGGUCAAGGUGCGCAUGCAGGCACAGUCAGGCACCGCUCCCCGCCGGUACCGAAACUCUUUCCAGGCGUACCGCACCAUCGGCCGAGAAGAGGGAGUCCGAGGACUCUACAAGGGCAUGCUUCCUAACAUCGCUCGCAACAGCAUCGUCAACGCGGCCGAGUUGGUGUGUUACGACAGCGUCAAGGAGGCCAUCCUGUCUCGGGGCCUGCUGGGGGACAACAUAUCGUGUCACUUCGUGGCCGCCUUCGGAGCGGGCUUCUGCGCCACCGUGGUCGCCUCGCCCGUGGACGUGGUCAAGACGCGGUACAUGAACGCCGGCGCCGGUCUCUACUCGGGCGCCAUGGAAUGCGCCGUGCGCAUGUUCCACGAGGGCGGCCUCAUGGCCUUCUACAAAGGGUUCACACCUUCAUUCGUUCGGCUAGGUUCCUGGAACAUCUGCAUGUUCAUCACGUACGAACAGCUGAAGCGACUGUUCCACUACAUGAACAGCGGUGACACCUCGUCCAACUGUCUGAUUGUGGGCCAGGACAAGUACCAUCUAUCCCGAUACUCUGUGCUGGCCGAGCCCAGCGCCGCCAUUAUCCUUUAACUCUGUACAUAUGCCCCACAUACCUUUCUCAUUUCACGUAUCACGCAUCUAGGAAAGAAGGACAGGAUGUAGGCUAGUACGCGUUCAUGUCUAAAUCCUUUGCACUCACCGCAUUCAGUGGACGUGCCACGGAAGACACGUUCAAGUCAAAGUUAUCGCUACGUAAGAAAUCAUCACUUACUGAACAGCGUUGCCUAGCAUCGAAGAAAGAAUGACGGGAUAUACCCAGUAUAGGCUAGUACGUGUUCAUGCCUGAAUCCUUUGCACUGACGACAUUCAGUGGACGUACCACAGGGGGCACUCUCCAGUCAAAAUUAUCGCUUCACUACGCACGAAAUUUUCACUUACUGAACAACGUUUGCCUGGCAUCUAGAAAAGGAAUGACAGGAUUUACCCAAUAUAGGCUUGUACGCGUUCAUGCCUAAACUUUUUUGCACCGGCGACAUUCAUUAGACGUACAGCAGAUGACACGUUCCUGUCAAAAUUAUCGCUACGUACUAAUUUCGUCACUUCCUCAACAACAUUUGCCUAGGUCCAUUGGUUAAGCACAGCAGGAAAAGUUUGCAAGCUGAAGUAGUGACGUGAACAUAAGAGAGAGACGCACCUCUGUCGAUGUCAGUGCUUUGUGCUGAAAACCUUUCCUGCCAUGUCAGGUACCUUACAAGCCAGAAACUCUAAUUGUGUUUGCCGUCACAUUAACAUAGUGGUACCCAAACGCAGGUAGAAAUCUAGAAGUCAUCCAUCAUCGUCACAUUUUCUAUAUAUGAGGAGGGAAGUAGACGAAUUAUCGCUAUUAUAACACUAGAAUGGAGUCGAAGCAAACGUGCAGUCCUCUAUCAUGACCUCAUUAUCUCAGCUUUGACUCGCUUGGAGACAGACACAAUUAUCUGUCAAGCACGAAAUGUAACCUAAAAGGCGACAGUGCCGCUUUAUUAUUUUGCAGUUAAUACACCUUCAGUGCAUUUUAACGAAAAAAAAUCGUAUGUCAUCAGCCUUGCGCGAGGAACACCGGAACAUUAACAUCAUUCUGCCGUCCCAGCUGACGACGCAGUUAUCACCUCAUUGUGCCCUCAUCGUCGUGUUGAUCACAAACAACUUCAGGACGGCGUUGUACUCCGGACUUGUCGAUGUUUUGUUUCCUGCAGUAAUUUCUAUCUCGAGAUGAUGUCACCGAAUGUUACGCCCUCAAUACUACCACCUUUUUGGCGCCUUGUUUCCGGGCAUGACGGCGAUUGUAAUAAAAAUCCGUAUAUUUUUUA